AUGCCUAAAAGGAUCAGACUUACGACGCCGCCGUUAGAGUUGCAGCCACCUACGGAGCAACCGGCACCUGGGACGCGUCCACAGCUCGAAACACCGAAACGGUCAGCCAUCUUUGCAGUGUUAUACUACUGCGAGCAGCAGUCAUUGCCAUGCAAUUUACAGUCAAUAUCUACUGUGUUUGAGAUACUGCAUUCUACAGUCCACGAUGUAUACUCAUCGCGACGAUGCCGACGCCUCCAGAACUCCAAUGAAGUCGACAGUCGUCUACCACUCCGUGAGAUCUCAAGAAGCGACACCAACGCAAUCGCCACCUUUCUUGAUAGAGCUACACUUGAACAAAAAAGUCUUCCUUGGCAAGAUAUUGCCGAAGAGGCAGGUGUUGUAAAGCACUAUCACCAUGAGAAAGGCCAAGAAAAUGAGCAGUGGGCAGCUAAAGUUCUGCAACGGCGAGUUACUGCUGAUGAAGGAAUUAAAACACACAAGGCUGUUGUGAAGGAGCAGCAUACUCCUACACAGGUAGACAAGCGUCUAAAGUACUGCCGUAUACAAUUACAGCAGCGUCCGUCUGCCCACAACUGGCGCAACGUGCUUUGGUGUGAUGAGAUUCACUGGAAGACUGGCCCACGAUAUCCAAAAAACAUCAAACGCCGCCCUGGU